CAAAAAGAUGUCCGUUACAAAUAGACCCCAAAACUUCCCUUUCCCCCUAAUUCCCACCUCCAUCAACUCUUUUUACACCUAGGGUUUUCAGGUUACCGUUAAACCCUAAACCCUUCCAAAAUUCAUCCAAAAAUGUGCCUAUCAACAACAAAGGGCUUCGAGCCCAUGUUAACAGAAUCAAUCAAUCACUUCUUGACCUCUUACAGAAAUGGAAGUUCUGAUUUCUCAAAUUUUCAGUCCAUUUUCUUUCGUUUGAUACAAACAAUGCCCGACCCGCCUCUUGAAAUUACUUGGUUUUACUCUGCUGUAACUUUUCACACCUCAAAAUCAGCUGGUUUUAGCAAAAUCAUUGUCGCUAAAGACUUGUUUCACUUGCUAAUUUCUUGUUCGGGUCCUUGUAACGGGUCGAAAAAGAUUGCUUUGCUUGCCCCUGUACUGUACGUUCUGUAUGAUGUAGUAUGCGAGUUUUCGCGUAAUGGGUUGUUCUUGAAUAAUGAAAUUAGGGACUUAGUAGAGAAAAUUGUUGGUUAUAUAUGUAUAUGUUUAGGUGAUCGUGAAAUCUUGAACGAGUUUGAUGAGGAUAUUCUCUGUUUUGAGGAAUUGGUUGGGGUUUGGACAGUUGAUCGGGUUGGGGAGUGUGCUAAAUUUGACGAGAAUUUAGGGGUUUUCUUUCCAAUUGUGAGUGUUGAGGUUUAUGAGGGUCGAAAUAUAAGGCGUGGGAUCAGGGAUUUAGCUGGGAUUGUAAUGUGUGAGGUGUUCUUGCUUAAUUUGUCUAUGAAGUUUAAUAUGGGGUUUGUAAAUGAGGACAUCCAAAAUGAUGCGCGAAAUUGGGCAAUUCAAACUCUCAAGCAGUUCCAAAAUUUUGAACUUUUAGAUCUGCUUCUCAGAAUUCUGUUGGAAAAAAGGCUGGCGGUCACUACCUUAUUGAGUUCUGAAGACGCAGUUAUUCUACAGAAACUAUUGUAUGAUGCUGUGAUACUGGUUGAUCAUUCAUUUCUAGGUUCUAGAAGAUGGUUUCAGCUACCAGAAUCCCACUUCAGGAACUUGGCUCUACUAUGGUCCUUAGUAGCUGAUAACGCCAUACAGUUUGCUAGGGAAAUAUGUGAUCAAGAUAGGGUGCUUGCUUAUGUAAAUGCUUUCUCCGAGUCUCAGCUACCCAGCAAAUUACUUAAAUGGGUCUCUACUCAAGCUGGAACAGAAGAGAACCUGAGUAAUCCAAAAUUUACGACACCCAAAGCUCUCAUAAAAUGGCUUUUUAUCAUGGAAGACCAAGGUCUUUGGGUGUGUGAUCAUGAUAAACUGAAGUUCCAUGCCAAAGCAGCAAUUUGUAAUUCAUGGCCAGACUGUUUUCUCCCUGAAUCUAAGCCCGAAGGAUGGACCGCUAACGAGAGAGAGCAUAGGGAAGGCAAAUGCAUUGUGGAAGAUUCAUUGAACAAACCAUUCUCUGCUGCUUAUUUUUGUACAGAUAAAUUGCCUACUGAUGGUGAUAGAAAGCGCAAAGAUCGAGUGAAGGACACAGAUACAAGAGGAACACCAGUCAAGCUUGUAAAGUAUAAUGUUCAUGAAAGCCCAAAGAAAGAGAAAUUUUUUCCUUUCUCUGAUGAAGAUAUGGAAGUGAUGGGAUGAUAUAACCAAAGCAUAGAUUUUGUAUAUGUAGCAAUGCCGGGGACCCUGGUGGGCACCGCUCACAAUAUAUAUACAAAAUCUAUGCUUUGGUUAUAUCAUCCCAUCACUUCCAUAUCUUCAUCAGAGAAAGGAAAAAAUUUCUCUUUCUUUGGGCUUUCAUGAACAUUAUACUUUACAACUAGGAGCAGGUCUUUCCUUCAUUUUGUGCCCCUUUUGGGGGAUGUAUGGAUACACCAGAAAGCGUAGAGAGCUACUGUUGACUGUCUUAAAAUGGCGUAUUAUGUUACAUAUCUGUACUAGUUUCACUAUGUUGUAUGACCGUCAGCUCUUGCCCAAGUAAUUUCACUUGGCUCAGAUACUCACUUUUGAUAUUUU